UCGAUUAAUCGUUGGUAUCGUUGCUAUCGAAAUAUUUUCAACUAAAUUCUCAUUUUUUAAUUCAUUUUAAUUGAGUAAAAAGUUAAAAUUAUAUCAAAAUAAAAGAGAAGUAUUGAAGCUAUUUCUUUAGCAACUGCUGCGUAUUUUCGGCGCUUAUUAAGCCGACAGAGCCAUCAAAAUCCAUACUGCAUACAAAUACGAUUUCAAUUAGGGGAAAAAUACGCGCCUGCAGUUCGCCGCACGAUUUCGUACAGUACAGUACGGACGCAGAGGAGCGUUUUUUCCGAAUUUACUGUACUUGCUUUUCGGUUUUUUUGGGGAAAUUCCACUGCAGCUGGCGCGCGAUGGUUUUGACGAACUUCGAGUGCUGGGCACAUGGUGAUCCGUCGUCGUCGGCGGCCGCCACUUUCGAAACUGGAGCGCUGCGUCCUUCGAUGGAUCCGUUCAAUCCACGCGCCGUCACCUUCAUGACCGACGCCAACAACAACAACAACAACAAUGAUGGCAAUAACCUCGCGGCACAACCGAUGCCGGUCGUCCUGCCUCCGGAAGUCCUGCGCUGCAAGAAGCGCCUGAAUCCCGGUCACAAUCCUGUCGGGGAUUUGGACACGGACCAACCGGUGUACACCAAGAGAUGUCGCUACGACGAGUCUGACUUGGCCGCCCAGUACUGCAAUGAUUUCUUUUCCUUGCCUGCCACACAAAUAAUUGGAACGCAGGCCUCUUUGAUGGAUUACGAGAUGCAGGCCACCGGCGGCAUGAUGAUGAUGGAAUCGGAGACGAGUUUUCCAGCGCAGCAGCAGCAACAUCAAGAGCAACAGCAACAUCCACAGCAGCCACAUCAAUAUCAGCGCAUUCAUCAGCAUUAUCAAGGUCAUUUGCAUCGCGCCAACCGUGAUGUGAGUCGUUGCAUGAUGUCGCACAUGAUUUAGGGGCCCUCGUUCACACAAAACUCAAAAUGUACAUAUAUAACCCAAAACAUGUACUGUAGCUGAGAAAAGCGCACAAGAAACACAUGCAACAGUUCACCGAGCGACGCGUCUCUCUUUAUUUGCUAAACAGCCGACAAUGUAUCGAAAAAUGUUCGCAUAUCACUCAGAAAGCAAAUUAACGCAAAGGAGCAAUUGAAUUGAAAAUAUCCGCAAUGCACAUACCUACCAUAUACCAAAAAUUCAAAUUUUGUAAAAAAAAAAAACAAUCAGCUAACGACUCAGCCAAUAAGUAUUCUGUAUAAAUUGUUAAACUCACGAACUAUUGUACAAACAACAGCUAAGUCGAACAUCGAACAUAAACUGUACUUAACUACCUAAAGAAUUGAAAUACGUAAUUAAUUUCAAAAAGUAAUAGUUAGACCUGCGAAACAUUGCAAUCACAAAAAAGCAAGCAAUAUAUGUUAAGUGAAAUGUUCAAUCAGCCUGGAGCGAUUGCUGGGAGCCUUCACAAAGUGAAUUUAAUAUGUGAAGUUGGCUGAUACGCAACCAUAGUCGUAAAUUUAUUUCUAAGGUAUACUUUACCAUUAGUUCAAAUCGUUAUCAACAUAUGCUUUAGGUAUAUUGAUGACUUAGUAGCUUAAGACCGCGGUGAGUGCUUAUAUCUUUUGUAUCAAUUUUUACACUCACAUAUAUUUGCAAUAAACUUAACAGCUACCACCGAUCUUUAUAUAAAUUCUGUUAUACUUAAAUUUUUUUUAUAUACUUUAUUUUUUCUAUUUUAUUCGAAGUUUAAGUUAAUGAAGUCAGCCAACUUUUAAAGAGCACUUUGUGGAAGAUCCAAACAGCAAACGCGAAAGGCCAAGUUAGUGACC